CUACAACGUGUUUUUAUCGCUGGCUGUCCAGACGGAAGGUGCUGAAACGCUUUGUCGCGUGUCUGGAAGAAGUGAAAACUUUCCUGGGCAGCAAAGGGCUCACCUUUCCUGAGCUGGAACAGCCAGAGUGGCUGGAAAAGCUACACUUCAUGGUAGACAUGACAGCGCACCUGAACACGCUGAACACAGCUCUUCAGGGGAAAGGACGUACAGCCCUGCACAUGUUGGAGGAUGUUUUGGCAUUCGAGCGCAAGUUGACAGUGCUUGCCAGAGAUUUACAGAAAGGCACUUUGUCUCACUUCCCCAAUUUGAGAGAGUUCAAACAAGGUCACGACAUGAUAAUUUCGGAGUAUUUACAUUCUGCAAUCAUCGCAAUGCAAACAUCGUUUGGGAAACGCUUCUGUGAGUUCAGAGAGGAAAAAAACACAUUAUCCUUCCCGGUCACUCCCUUAAGCAUCGAUCCUUCCCUACUGAAUACGACUGCAUUGGCAGGUGUGAGUCAACCUGAUCUUGAGAUGGAACUGGCCGACAUAGCCGACAAAGACAUAUGGGUGUCCAAGUUUAGACGCUUGACAGCAGACCUUGAAGAUGUUGCCCGUCAGAAGGCCGUUCUUGCUCAGAAACACAAAUGGAGUGAUAUUGAAAACCUCACAGAUGACAGCUUGCGAUCCUGUGUAAAGAUGAAGGUGACAUCAUACAGCCCUGAUGUGCAGACGCUGUGCGCUGAGGUCCAGGAGCAGAAAUCCCAUUAACCAAGAUGACAGCUGGCUGACGUUAUUUUUGGUUUGCUGCUGGCGGAAAAUUUAAGUUCGGCGUUUUUCAUAAAUACAAGAAGGACUCAAAUAGACAUUGAAUAUUUUACUUAAAAGUAACUUUCAACCCAACGUCUUUUUUUCGGAGUUCAAAAUGUUUUUGUUGCAUGCAGAAAUGUAAUUUCGUUUUCUCUGCAGGAGUUCAUCAAUUUCAUAAAUGCAACACAUUAUAGUUUGUUUAUACAUAGCAUAAAGGCAAAAAAAACGUUGUAUGCAGUGUUAUUUCAUUUUAAAUGUCAAACGGGUUUUGCGGCUCCCAGUGUUUUCUUUUCUGUGGGAAACGGGUCCAAGUGGCUCUUUCAGUGGUAAAGGUUGCUGACCC